UCUGGCUUUUAACAGUGAGGUGCAUGUGGGCAGCUGCCCUCCAGGGAGUCGGGUUCGGGUGCAGAGAUUCAUGGCUGGCCUAAGCACGGUAGGACAGAGAGGCCUGGGGUCCGCUCUCUCUAGCCCUUAGUACUGCUGUGAGCUCCUUCUUGGUUCCCAGCGGGCAGUGGGGCUUUGCCCUCCCGGAGCUGCCCUUGCAGGCUGCCAGCUGGGCUCCAGGGCUCCAGCAACACACAGUAGGGAGCGGGCACUGCCGAGCCCCCAGCGGGCCACCCCUUGUGCCCCAGCAUGAGUCAUCGCAGCACCAGCAGCCUGGAGGACAAGGCAGAAAGGACCGUGCCCUGGGGCGCUGAGCUCAACUUUGAGAGGCGCAUUUGCACCUUCAGGCCCCAGGCAGAGGAGGACAGCUGCAGGCUGGUGCUUAGCGCGAUUUGUCUGGGGGAGAAAGCCAAGGAGGAGGUGAACCGCGUGGAGAUCGUGCCCUCGGCAACGCCAGAGGACAAGAGGCCGCAGACCAUCACCAUCGCCACGCUGAAGCUCUCGGUGCUGCCCAUGGUGGCCAUGGCCGGUAUCUCGCUUUCUCCCCCGGUCACCUUCCAGCUGCGGGCCGGCUCGGGGCCCGUGUUCCUCAGCGGCCAGGAAUGUCAUUAUGGAUCCUCAGACUUGUGGCAGGAGGAGGAAGAGGGAGAAGAGGAGGAGGAAGACGAUGACGACGAAGAAGAGGAUGAAGAGACGGAUGUGUCUAUAGAGGACACACCCUCCAAACUAGUCAAAAGGCUGGUGCCGCAGAAGCAGACCAGCGUGGCCAAGAAAAAAAAAGUGGAAAAAGAAGAGGAGGACACAGCAAGGCGCAGUGUUUACUACAAGACCCCCUCGAAAAAGGGCAAAUCCUCAGAACGAUCUAGGAAGCUGGAGGCCAAGAAGAAAAGUACCAGUGACACUCCAUGAUCCAGGACAACCUCUUCCUCAGGCCACCUCUCCCACUCCCCACCCCUCUGCCUGAGCCCAAAUGUGGCCUGGUGUUAUGGCCCCCAGGGUCAGGAGGACCCGCCGAGAAGAGCCCUAGCGGGCUCCGAAGGGCCGCAAUAAAAUUUGCUUUAAUCA